AUGAAGGACCAUUUGUACGCACUCGGAGUGACCUGCAUCCAACUUAUCCAAUAUUGGUGCUCAGAUUAUGCUCCAUUCUUAGAGCAAGUAAACAAUUUCUACAAUCCAAACAAUGUACUGGAUAUAUUGUUCCCAGUUAUAUCAUUCGUGGACUCUGUAUUUGCUUCACAACUCUUACUCGUCACAUCAUUCGGUGGCUGGCUAAAUUGCAUAUUGAAAUGGUGGUUCCUAGAAGACCGACCAUACUGGUGGGUCCAUGAAACAAACUACUAUAUAGGAUCUGAAAGACCUAAGUUGUUACAAACAUCUCAAACAUGUGAAACGGGGCCGGGAAAUCCUUCUGGGCAUACAUCUACUGCAGCUUCCGUUCUAGUUCUUGCUAUUAUGUGGAUUUCUCACAUUUUUAAUGAUCGCAAAUGGAAGACAUCUCUUUGGAAGUAUGCCGUAUACCCACUGUUUGGAAGUCAACUGAUUAGUGUGAUGUUGGCAAGGAUGUAUAUAGGUACACACUUUCCACACCAGUGUAUUGUAGGAGGGAUGAUUGGUGCGUUCCUGGCUCCAGCACUAUGCAUCUACAUAUCAGAUCCUUAUAUAUGGCAGUAUGGUUCCUAUUUGAAAUAUUCACCCAAACAAUCGAUUAAAUUUCACAUGACAUGCGCAGUGACAGCGAUUGCGUUGUGUCUCGUUACAUAUCACACAUUGUUAUUGAGUGGAAUUGAUCCGGAUUAUACUGUCAGAUUGGCGUUCCGUUGGUGCGAUAACCCUGAUGACAUUCAUGUAUCAACAACUCCAAUGUUCGCAAUGGUCCAAUGCACGGGGGCAAUGCUCGGAUGGGCUAUGUUUGUUACUCCAGCCGUUGCAAGAUUCCGCCACGAUACAUACAAGAGAUCUUUCAUAGUUUCAGCUGUUUCCACUAUCCUUAUAACAUACGGAUUGCACUGCGCAGAGGCCGCUAUACCCGAUGACAACAUUACGACAUUCUAUUCACUGAAUUUCAUUAUAAACAUCAUAAAACCUCUUCUCUAUCUGAGAGUGUUGCCAGAGUUGUCGAUGUUGCCGUUCAAGGACAAACCUCAAAAUUUUAUUAAUUAA